AUGUCCUUUGUCGACCUCAAACACAUCCCCUGUCCCGCCGGAGACAAGUGUACUGCAUUCCAGUGCCUCUUUCAGCAUAAAGAAGACAGGGAUAAGUUGGCUGCUGCAUCAGCACCUACCGUCAGGCCGGGGACCUCGGUGCAAAGACUGACUGAUGCCACGACGAAUGCAGCCCAGGAUGGCCCUCGAAAACGUCUGAAAGUUGUUCAAGACGUCAGCAGCCCGGCCCAUUCUGCAAGAACUCCCACUCCUGUCAAAACCGCCUCAAAACAAGACACAACCGCACCAAGACCAGAUGACACUCUGGCAGCUGUCUCUCGGCCAAUCUCACCUCCACCUUUAAAUCGGCAAGCCUCCUCCUCUCAGGCUUCUGUUGUGAAGAAGCUGACUCAAGCUCACCCUGUCGUUCCUUCUCCUUCAUCUGACCCCAAAUCCUUGAAUUCCUCCAAGUCCUCACCUUUAUAUUCAAGUAAUCACCCACCAAAACGCAAGCUUGAUUCACUUUCUAGCUCCUCAUUUACUGGCACUUCUGCCACCACUCCAAAAGCAACGUCGGUCUCAGACGACAACACCAUCACUUCCCCUCACACUCCUCCAACUCCAUCCAAGGAGCCACCACCUAAGCCCAGGAAACCUGAGGCCCUCAACCCUCGCUUGCUGAAAUCAUCACCUGCUAAGUUCGAGCUUCGAUACAAGCUUGUGCAGAUGCUAUAUCAAGAAUAUACUCGUCUCAACAACGAAUUGAAGAAGACAGCCAAAGACGACGAGAAGCAACUCGUCCUUACAGACCAGGAUCUCAUCUGGAGAACCCUCGACGAAGAGGAGAGCAUCGCCAUCGAAAAAACCGCCGUUUACUCUAACGUAAUUAAAAACAAAAUCAUGCAGUACAAGAAGAUGACAUUGCUCCAAUGGAAGGAGGAAAGAGUUGUCCAACGGCGCCAACAGACGCAAAAAGGCCCUCAUAAAAAGUCACAAGCCUCACCCAAGAAAGUGGUAACGGGCUUGACACCUGCCCAAGAAGUCCUACUUGUCCGUCGUCUUAUCACACCCAUUGACGGACUCGCCAACCACGGCUAUGUCUCGUCUGUUCCUAGCGAGGCUGAUGUCGACAAGGCUCGCCAGGGUCUUGAGGCUGCCAAGGGCUGGGAGAAAUGCGAUCGCUGUGAGAAGCGUUUCCAGAUGUUCCCUGGCAGAAGAGAAGAAGACGGAGCUCUUGCCUCAGGCGGCAGCUGUACUUACCACUGGGGCAAGACAUAUUUCCCCGAGCGUCAGCUUGGCGACAGGUCCAAGCAGCCAAAGCGCUACCGCUGCUGCGGCCAGGCCGUUGGAGACUCGGCUGGCUGCUACACUACACCUCAUCACGUCUUCAAGGCCUCAGAUCCUAAGCGCCUCGCUACCGUCUUAAACUUUGCCGAGACGCCUGCCAACCCCAACGUUCCUUCCAAUAGAGCGGUCUGCUUUGACUGCGAGAUGUGUUACACUGUUUAUGGCCUUGAACUUAUCCGUCUCACGGCCACUGCUUGGCCUACGGGUGAGGAGCUUUUGGACGUACUUGUCCAGCCUGUUGGCGAGAUUAUUGACCUCAACUCGCGCUACUCCGGUGUUUGGCCUGAAGAUAUGGCUUCUGCUAAGCCCUGGACAGCCAAAGAAGAGGACCCGACCCCGGCUCAGGCAAAAAACAUAUCGAGCCCUAAGAAACUCAAGAAGACAAUGAAGAUUGUCUCGUCUCCUGAAGUAGCACGCGACCUUCUUUUCUCCCUUAUCGGCCCUGACACACCUCUCAUUGGCCAUGGCUUGGAGAACGACCUGAAUGCCGUUAGAAUUAUUCACCCCACCCUAAUUGACACCGUCCUCCUCUAUCCCCACAAGUAUGGUUUGCCAUACCGCCAGGGCUUGAAGAUGUUGAUGGAUAAUCUCCUCAACCGCAAAAUUCAGGUCGAGACGGCUGGAAAGGUUCAAGGACACGACAGCGCAGAGGAUGCUCGCGCUGCUGGUGACCUCGUCCGCUUGAAACUCUCAGAAGAAUGGAAGAGUAUGAAGAUUAAAGGCUGGAAACUCGUAGGUAACGAGUUUGUUGCACCAGGUGGUAAGACCGAGGGCGACUACCAUGGGCAGCUGACGGCGGAGUUUCUGGAGGCCGCUCUUUGA